CGCAUAGUGACGAUGGUUCAUGGCCCACCACGUAGUGAUCUGAGCUGCUAUCAGCUCAAAUGACAUCUGGACGGACAGUAUACUCUCGCAACACCAAACAAUUAUACCACAGGGCAAAUAAACUGAUCGGUCCGCGCCAGAAUUCCAAAAUCGCUGUGAUAAACGCACACAACUGAAACACUAUGGGUUCCACGACGCUGGCUGAGCAUUUCAAGCUCAACAAUGGACUUACCCUUCCCGCCGUGGGGCUAGGCACCUGGCAAUCAAAACCCAAUGAGGUGAAGAAUGCCGUCGAGCUUGCCCUCAAGUCAGGUUACCGCCAUGUUGACGCCGCCGCCGUCUACGACAAUGAGAAGGAAGUGGGCGAGGGUAUCAAGGCGUCCGGUGUCCCCCGCAAAGAUAUCUUUUUGACCAGCAAGCUCUGGAACACCCACCACAAGGGUGAGGAUGUUGAAAGAGCUGUAGACACGAGUCUGGCAGAUCUCCAGACCGACUACCUAGACCUCUAUCUUAUUCACUGGCCCGUGUCAUUCCGCCGUAUCAACGACACUGAGCGCUUUCCCAUCGAUGAGCAGACAUAUGGCGUAGAUGUCAUUGACGUCCCGAUAAUCGAGACAUGGAGAGCGAUGGAGGCCCUGGUCAAGAAAGGGAAGAUCAGAACCAUUGGUGUCUCCAAUUUCUCCAUUGCCAAGAUCAAUGAGAUAUGGGACGCCGCCGAAAUCAAGCCCGCCGUCAACCAGGUCGAGCUUCACCCGUACUUUGCGCAGCCGGAACUGGUCAAGUGGUGUCAAGACAAGGGAAUUGUUGUUGAGGCAUACUCCCCGCUCGGGAACAACAUCUACAACUUGCCUAUGGCCAUCGAGGACCCAGUGAUCAUCCAACUGGCAGAGAAGCUCGGCAAAACACCUGCUCAAAUCGUACUGAGUUGGAUCGUCCAGCGAGGUGUGGUCGUUCUCACAAAAUCUGUGACCCCGUCAAGGAUCAAGUCAAACCUGGAAGUUUCCGAGUUACCCACGGAUGUUUUCGAGAAGGUUAACUCACUCGAUCGUAAUCAUCGGUACAACUUGCCUGCGAGAUUGGGGGUUGACAUCUUCGGUGACGCGAAGCCGGAGGUACUUGAAAAGGCAGUUGCUGAGUUCAAGAAGAAGACUAGGCAAGCGCGUGGACUGGAGUAG